UCGACGCCAAUGAAGUCCCUCCCCUAUAGAUCGGUGCUAUAAUACAAAGCAGUAAAAGCGGUAGGCACACACACAAGCGGCAGCAGCUCGACUAGAGAUCCCGUGGCUUUUAAUUCCCUCACUACUUUUUUUUAAACCCUCCUUCGAUUUGCCCCGUUAUUACCAUUUAUCCGAGGCGUUCAUUUCCGCACCUGCCACACAGAGACCAAGCUAAGGCGAAGUAGAAGAGGAGACAAGGACACUGCGAGAGCCGGGAGAGGCAGACUGUAGAGAUAGCAGCGGUGACCCGUUUGAGAUCUUAAAGGACAAAAAAAAAUUAAAAAAAAAAAAAAAAUGCUGCUCUGGACCAAAAUCGCGUUGGUCGGUCUCAUCUGCUUGUCCUUGGUAUCCUCUGGGAUGGGAUGCGGACCGGGCAGGGGGUACGGCAGAAGAAGACAUCCGAAGAAGCUGACACCUCUUGCGUACAAGCAGUUCAUCCCCAACGUCGCGGAGAAGACCCUCGGGGCAAGCGGCAAAUACGAAGGCAAGAUCACAAGAAACUCCGAGCGAUUUAAAGAACUGACUCCCAAUUAUAACACAGACAUCAUAUUCAAGGAUGAGGAGAACACCGGUGCUGACAGGCUAAUGACUCAGAGAUGUAAAGACAAGCUGAACUCACUAGCCAUCUCCGUGAUGAACCAGUGGCCCGGAGUGAAGCUGCGGGUCACCGAGGGCUGGGAUGAGGACGGACACCAUUUAGAAGACUCCCUUCACUACGAGGGCAGAGCCGUGGACAUCACCACUUCAGACAGAGACAAGAGCAAAUACGGCACUCUGUCCAGGCUGGCGGUGGAAGCUGGAUUUGACUGGGUCUACUAUGAAUCCAAGGCCCACAUCCACUGCUCCGUGAAAGCAGAAAAUUCAGUGGCAGCAAAGUCAGGCGGCUGCUUCCCCGGAUCCUCCACGGUCACCCUUCAGGAUGGCACCAAGAAAGCUGUCAAAGAUCUCAGAAGCGGCGACAGGGUCAUGACAGCAGAUGACGACGGAAAUGUAAUUUACACCGACUUCAUCAUGUUUAUAGACCGAGAUUCGACGCUGAGGAGGAUCUUCUAUGUGAUCGAAACCGACUCGGGCCAGAAAAUAACCCUCACCGCCGCGCACCUCCUCUUCGUCAGCCCCAACAGCUCCAGCGAGACGGAGAAGCGGAUGUCUGCGAUUUUCGCCAGUCAAGUCCAGCCUGGACAGAAAGUGUUCGUCUUUGACGCAGAGCGAAGUCGACUGGAGCCUGUGACCGUCAAACGGAUUUACACGCAAAGUCACGAAGGUUCCUUUGCGCCCGUGACCGCGCAGGGGACCAUCGUGGUGGACCAGGUUCUUGCGUCCUGUUAUGCAGUGAUCGAAGACCACGACUUGGCACACUGGGCCCUGGCACCCGUCAGGCUCGCCCACUGGGUGUCCUCGUUCCUAUUUAGCUCCCAGCCUCCAAGCAGUGCACAAAACGAAGGAGUGCACUGGUACUCCAAAAUCCUUUAUCAAUUAGGGACAUGGCUCUUGGACAGCCACUCGAUCCAUCCACUUGGAAUGUCGGUAUACCCAAGUUGAAACAGCUGCAACAGGAGCAGAACGAGACUUUAAAUGUAGGACACACGAACUAUACAGUAGAUUAAAAAUAAAAAUAAUAAUAAUAAUUAAAAAGAGAGAAAGAGAAAGAAAAAAAGCGAACUGACAGACAGACGUGACAUGACAAAGGCCACAGCGGAGUUGGGAUAUUUAUUUCAGUGACUUUUCCAUGAUGUGUCCCCCUUUCAAAGAAUGAAUGGAGCCUUAAAAAGUUUCUCUUUGAAUAAUUUAUUCUCAUGUGAACUCUGCUGCUGUCACAUAAAUGGAUUCUGAAACUGUGUGAGCAGCAAAUUGUGCAUAAUCUAUUUUUGUAAAUAUCAAAUGCAAAAAAAAGAAAGAAAAAUGAAGAAAAAAAUUGAAAAAUGGGAAAAAAAUCGCAAACAGAAAGAAGAUCAUGUAAAAUGGAGCUGACUUUGACGGGCUGUAAGUUUCAUAUAUAUACAUAUACAUAUAUAUAUAUGUAUAGCAGCUGACUGUUAUAUUUUGGGGAGAGAGGAAAAAAAUACCUUCGCGGGGUUCCAUAAAUUAUAUUUUUAUACACAGAAUUGUAAAUUAGAUUUUGACAGAUCGCUACCGAAUCACAUUUCGUUAUUUGAAAUAGUGUAAGAUAUGAAAAUAUAUUUUAAUUUAAAUACAGUAGCUGGGAAAGUGUUGGAAAAUCUUGUACUGCUUGGUUUAUUAAGAAUUUUAUUAUUUUGUAAACUGUUCGUUUCAGUUGUCGGAGAGGGACAGAUAUUCUGCCCCAUGUCUGCAUUCUCUGCUUUUUUUAUGUGUAUGUGUUUCUUUUCUGUUUUCUUUUGAGAAAAAAUAAUAUCAAAUGCAGAUUCUGACAAUUCAGUAACAGUUAAAGUAGUACUGAAACCGUUUCGUUAAAUAAAUUAAUAAGUAACUCCUGUAAAUGUACUAAAAUCUUAUUUUUCUUUUCAUAUUUUGUAAUAGGGAAAUAGUUUUAUAGAAAUGAACUGCAGGCUGAUGCACAGUUUGAAUAGACUAUAUAUAGGCAGACCUACCAGUUAACUUUCAUAACAGGGCGAUGUGUCAAAAAAUGUCUAGAAUUUAUUAUUUAUAUGUUUAUUAUAAAAUGAGAUAAAGAACAUUUUCAAACUU